AUGAGCCGCCGUGACCGGGACCCCGGGGUGCAGCCAGGGCGGCUGGCGGCGGCGGCGGCGGCUCGGGGCGCGGAGCGGGAGGAACUGGCGGCACUGAACGAUCGUUUCGCCGCUUUCCUGGAGAGGGUGCGGGAGCUGGAACGGCAGAACGGGACCCUCCGCGCCGCCCUGGGCCGCGCCACCGCCGCCACCGGGCCCCGCACCGGGCUGGUGCAGGGGGAGCUGCGGGGGCUGCGGGAGAGGCUGCAGCGCCUCGGCCGCGACCGGGACCGGCUCCAGGCGGAGCGGGACGGGCUCGCCACCGACCUGGCGGCCCUACGGCAGCGGCUGGAGGACGAGACACAGAAGCGUGAGGAUGCCGAGAAGAGUCUGGUGCUGUUCCGCAAGGACGUGGACCACGCCACACUGUCUCGCCUGGAGCUGGAGCGCAAGGUCGAGCUGCUGAUGGACGAGAUCGGCUUCCUCAAGAAGCUGCACGAGGAGGAGCUGCGGGACCUGGAGGGGAGCGCCCCGAGCCCGGCGGGGCUGCCUGAGGUGCAGGUCUGCAAGCCGGAGCUGACGGCUGCGCUGCGGGAAAUCCGCACCCAGUACGAGAGCAUCGCUGUCAAGAACCUACAGGAAGCCGAGGAAUGGUACAAGUCAAAGUUUGCCGACCUCUCAGAUGCAGCAAACCGUAACCACGAGGCGCUGCGGCUGGCCAAGCAGGAGAUGAACGAGUCCCGGCGGCAGAUCCAGAGCCUGACCUGCGAGGUGGACGGGCUGAAGGGCGUGAACGAGGCGCUGCAACGGCAGAUGCGGGAGAUGGAGGAUGAGUUCGGGGAGGAGAUCGGGAACUACCAGGACGUGGUGGGGAGGCUGGAGCAGGAGAUCCAGCAGAUGAAGGAGGAGAUGGCACGGCACCUGAGAGAGUACCAGGACCUGCUCAACGUCAAGAUGGCCCUGGACAUCGAGAUUGCCACAUACCGCAAGCUGCUGGAGGGCGAGGAGAGCCGGAUCACCAUCCCACUGCACCCCACCACCUCCUUCAGCACGAGAAGCUCAGUGCUGGAGCCCCAAGCUGCUGAGAGCCCGGCACGGAGGAUGGUGCUCAUCAAAACCAUCGAGACAAGGGACGGGCAGCAAGUGGUGACUGAGUCGCACAAGGAGCGAGCGGGGAAGUGACAGAGAGGAGCUGCUGCGAUGAGGAGCCGCGGGCACUCCCGGUAUCCCGGGGGGCUCCACGGAAUCUCCGUCCGGAGCCGGAUCGGUGCCCCCGGAGCCUCGCAGGAUCUCAUUCCUUACCGGGACCGCCAGGGAGCGCCACCAGCCCGCCCCGACCGCUGCCGCGGGUUAAUUACCUGUUAA